UUUCUUUGACGCAGAUUAAGUAUGCACCCUGCGGUUCUAGCUUUUUUACUGUCUCAAAAAGUCAAAAUAUUUAAUUAAAACAAACGGAACUUAAAAUGAGUAGGGAAAGAUUUGUGAAACUAUUUUGUUUUUUAUUAUUAUCAUUUACUUUUAACUUUACUCAUACAAAGGCAGAGGAAAAAGAUUUUGAAUUAUCAAAUGCGUUCAGGGAUGUUGAAAAUCACGGUGCCAUCUCCGCAGAUGUUUGCAAUUCAACAAAAGACUGUAAUUUCUUGGGACAAUGCAUCAAUAUUGCAGGAGAAAAUAUUUGCGAUUGUUAUUACAAUGGAUUGAGCGGUAAGAACUGUGAGAUAAUUGAUGAAUGUUUUCAAAACAGUGGUAUGUGCGGCGCAGAUGGGGACGCCGAUUGUUCGUUCCACAUGAUGAAAAAGAAAGCCUACUGCAAAUGCAAAGAAGAAGGUCAAAGAUUUGAUGAACCAACGAAGAAAUGCGUGCCACAAAAGAAAUGCACAAAUCAUAAAGAAUGCCACAAUGGUGCUGUUUGCGAAGAAAGAGAAGGAGAUGAGAAAUAUUGUUCUUGUGAAUAUGGAACGAGCGGAGAUUUCUGCGACAUCAUCCAAGAGUGUGUCGACAAUCCUAAUCUGUGCGGUGAUGCGGAAUGCAGGUACAAUACUCUACUUCGACGUGCAUUCUGUUAUUGCGACGACAUCAACCAAAGGUUCGACUGGUCAUCGAAAAGCUGCGUUAAUCGAA